CAAGUUACUGUCAGUUAGUUGUUGAAGAAAUUGUAUUUGUGUAUUUUAAAUAAAUAUAAUUACAAUUAGCAUUUUACAUUAUUACUUGUAGUUGUAGAUUACACGGUAGAUUUUACCAUUCAUUCUUCUUUACAGGUGAUGGAAAGUGUGUCAUUUGUGACUCAUAUGUACGACCCUGUACUCUUGUAAGGAUUUGUGAUGAAUGCAACUAUGGAUCCUAUCAGGGACGUUGUGUCAUUUGUGGAGGUCCAGGUGUAUCUGAUGCAUACUACUGUAAAGAGUGCACAAUAAUGGAAAAAGAUGUAGGGAGUGGCAAAUGUUUCAUCUCUUGUCAAUAUGUUUGUUGUUUAUGGAUAUUUUACACAUACAAAUUGCAUCUCAUAGAUUUUUAUAUCUUUUUAUAUCUUAUUAGUCUGUUGAGUAAUUAAAAUGAGAGGGGGCUAGAGGAGGGGGGUAUAAAAAUGUAUUUUUCAUCUACUGAAAAGAUAUGUUUAAGUAUAUAUUGGAAGUUUUGUGGUUCUGUCAUCACCCCACCUUCCUGUACCGGUAUUAAAUGUAGCACAGGCCCCACGCCUUUUUUUAAUUAAAAUGCAAAAAACCAACAAACCAUUCAUGAUGUUUUUUUUUAAAAUGGCAAUAUUGGUACUAUAAAACAGGGCACAUAUUAAAGAGACGUUUCAAAUUAAACUUAUUCAACCUUUAUUGCAUAAUAACUUUCUUAAAAUCUUUUCUUUUCCCCUUUGUAGUCUACCAUUUCAGCUGGCUGAAAACGCAGAAAAAAUAAUUUAAUUUCCAAGGCCUCAUUUCUGAUUUUAUAUUAGUUAAUGUGGUGCAUCAAAGGAAACCACUUUUAGUUGUCCAAAAGUUAUUCUUUUAUUGGGUUAUGUUUAAUUGUGAAAUGUAAUAACUCCAAUGGGACAAAGCUAGCACAGGUGAGCCGCUGGCAACAUAGUCCCAUAUUGUGGACCAGAGCCUCUGCCAACAUAGUCUCAUAUUGUGGACCAGAGCCGCUGCCAAAAUAGUCUCAUAUUGUGGACCAGAGCCUCUGCCAACUUAGUCUCAUAUUGUGGACCAUAGUCUCAUAUUGUGGACCAGAGCCUCUGUCAACAUAGUCUCAUAUUGUGGACCAGAGCCUCUGCCAACAUAGUCUCAUAUUGUGGACCAGAGCCUCUGCCAACAUAGUCCCAUAUUGUGGACCAGAGCCUCUGCCAACUAAAAAAUAUCCAAUGUUAUCGAUGUAAUAAUAGCAGGCAAUUUGCGAUUAUUUCUACCUGCUAUUGCAAAAACUCAUUCCAAUUCCUUAUUUUAAGAAGUAACUUCGUAAUGAUGUUUACGUUUCUAACAUUAAAAUUUUUAAGAACUCGUUUUCUGCUAUAUAUUCGAAGCCUACUCAACCCCUUUUUGUACUGCUAAGCUACACUUUUUUUCUCUAAACAUGACCUUAAAUUACCAAACCUAAAAGAUCACUAAUAUUUAUACGCUAGAGAAAUACUUUAGAUGUCAUGUGUUUUUAAAUUUUAAAUUGUGAAAUGUUGGACCUACCCUGCUACAUUUCAUGGCCCUGAACUAAAAAAAAUUUCCCCUAAAAAAUUGUGGAAAAAGAAAAAUCUUGUAACCAUCAUCCCAUCUGUAAAAGCCUUUAGUGUCUUUUUUACAGAAAUGUUAUUAAUUUCAUAAUACACCCACGUUACUUUUUGCAAAGUAAAAAAAUAAAAAUAUUUUAUGAAAGAAAGUCUUAACCUAUCUCUAUUUUUCAAAUAUAAAUUUUCAUGUGUGUAAAAUGAUUGGGUUUUAAUAUUCACGGGCAUACUUAUUUAAAUGUACCCAAGUUUUGUUAACGCCAUUGAUUUUCUUAAUUGUGAAAACAUAAGUUUAUUUGUUAAAAGAGAGUAAAACCUCUUUUACACAACUGUAAUAUCAUAGGAUUUAAAGGUAUUGUCAUCAUGUAAAAAUGUAAACAUCCUGUUUCAUACCCCAAAUAUUUAUAUACCGGUACUGUAACUAUGAAGGUUAAUUAAUUAUCAAGAAGGUUAAUUAAUUAUCGAAUUCAUGCCUUUAUUCUGAGGCGUAUCUUGUGCUGCUUAGGGAAAAGUGAAAGUAUAAAGAAAAAAACAAAUUCGACAAAAAAUCAUCCAUGAGAUUGUAGCCCCCUACACGCUAUUACACAUUUUUUGCACUUCGUGUGCUUUGUUCUUAUUUGUUUAGUGAUGCAUGCACUAAUGAAUCCCAUUUAGCUAUGACGUUUUGCUGAACUAAUUGACUUAAAGUAAACAGCAUAUUCUUAUUAAAAGUAUUAGUAUACUUAGCGGUUAACUUUUUAUUACCGGUAUGUUAUAAAUUUGAUAGAGAUAUAUUUUUGGAAUGCAAAAAAAAUAAUAUAUAAUCUUAUUAAAUGUUAAAAAUACAAAGCUAAAAUUUGUUGUAUUUAUUAACAAUUUAAACAGCAAUCAAGUGACGUCCGGUUGUUAAAUCAAAGAAAAGUAGAGCUUUGACUAAAAUAGGCUAUUCACGCAAGGAUGUCAUUAGUGUGCUUAUUUAAAAUAAAUUAAUUUUAAUUUUAUUUUGCAUUAUUAAGAACGCUCUAAAAGCAACAGCUGUUUGGGUUUUUCCAAUAAAUGCGAUUACGAUGUAAUUCUUCAAUAAAAAUUUUUUCAUAACUUUCAAACUCAAAUAAAAUACUUAAAAUAUUUCCUUUAAUUUUUUUUAUUUAAAUGUAUUUGUAAUUUAUAAUAAUAGUAUUUAAACAUUUACUAAAAUAAAGUGGAUAUAUUUUAUUUUUUGCGCAUUUUAAAUUUAGAUUUCCUAAAAAUAUUUGAAAAUCACUAUCAUUGUUUUUAAGAAUCCGAACAUAUUUAAAUAGUUUAUUUGGCGUUAUGCUCAGCCUAGCUCAUUCUUAUAUAUAUAGUAAGCUAUUAUAUUAAAAAGUAUAUAGUGUUUUCCCUACUUUUAGUGGGUUUUUUUCCUGAAAAAAAUGUAUGUUAUUAGACACUGUUCGUGUGAAAAUUGACAAUUUUGUAACAUCGCUUGGGCCAGCGUAUUAAAUUUUUUUACAUUUUGUCUUUUUUUUGGUGGCUAGAGUGACCCAGUCGACCAGAGUAGUUGUAAUUGUACACUAUUGUUCAUAUAUGCAGGUCCACCUUCUAAUAGCCUUUACAUCAUUUUGCAGUUGCUUCCACUUCCAGUGUCACUUAAACAAAAAAAUAGAUGUCUAAACCAAAUCUUUUUUUAAAUAAUAAGGUUUUAAUUUAUGUAUAGUAAUUAUGAAUGGGCGUUAUACUUCUGCUGAGUGUUUAGCUGUUUUUAAAUAUAAGCUAUACCAGUCUAAUCUACUGCAAUUGUUUAUAUUACACUCAAUGGUUUAAUGUCAGUUGUAUUCUGUUUUUCCAGAGAGACGGAUGUCCAAAGAUUGUCAACCUUGGUAGUGCCAAAACGGAUUUGUUUUAUGAAAGAAAGAAAUAUGGCUUCAAGAAAAGAUAGUCUUGUUUUAUUCUAUGUUUUUAGUCAUUCAUUUGUAAAAAAAAAAAAAGAAAAGAAAAAAGAAUCAUCACCCUAUUAAAACUGUAAAUAGCUGCAUUAU